AUGCAGGAAUCACGGCAGCGCAGGCCACCUGAGCCCCUGGGUGGGCCCCAGCGUGGCGCCGUGCCGCGCGCUGUGCCGCUCGCCCCACCGCGGCGCGGGGGCAUCCGCGGCCUGCCGCUCCUCGCGGUGCUGGGUGUGGCGCUGCUGGCGCUGAGGCUGGGCGUGCGGGUGGUGACACUGGUCAAGACGCGAGGGGCGGCGGUCGAAGCGGCCAAUCAGCAGCAGGAGCAGCAGCAGCGGUUGCAGCAAUCUGACAGCCGGAAAGCCCAGGCGCCAAGCGUGCUUUCCAAGGCGCAGCUUGCCCAGGCGGACGGCUCCGACGGGCGGCCGGUAUAUCUUUCCAUCCUGGGCGACGUUUUCGACGUAAGCUCCAAGCCCGAGUUCUACGGCAAGGGGAGCGGAUACCACCACUUCGUUGGCACCGACGGCAGCCGCGCGUUUGUAACGGGCGAAUUUGAGGGGCCGCCCCGUGCGGAGGUGCUGGAUCUGAGCCCGGAGGAUGUCCAUGGGAUUGUGGGCUGGAGGGACUUCUACUUCAGGACCUACCCCCACAAGGGGCGAGCGGAGGGGCUGUACUACACAGCGGCCGGCGAGCCCACAGAUACGCUCCGGCAGGUGGAGGCGCGCGCGGCCGAGGGGGCGCGGCUCAAGGAAGAGAAGGCAAAGGAGGUGGCGAAGUACACGUCAUGCGGCAUGAAGUACACUACUGCCGAGGGAGGCAAGGUGUGGUGUGAAACAGGCAUGUACCCGCGAAAGCUGUUCGACGGGAUGGACGGCGGCGCGGCAAGCUUCCGCUGCGUCUGCAUGAACGACAUCGGGUGGAGCGACCUGCUGCAGGUGUAUCCUGAUUGUGACCCGGACUCGAGCACCUGCCAGACGGCGCCUCCCUUGGAGGAGUCGUGA